CAAGCCACAUCUGAUGGUCUCAACAUCAACGUGAAGGAGUUCAUGGACACCUGGGUCAUCCAAAGGAACUUCCCAGUCGUCACAGUGUCACAUGACUUGUACAACAGCAGCAUUCUACACCUCACACAAGAACGAUUCCUCAAGUUUCCUAAAACAAAACACCAAGACAGAAGCCAAUCGCCUUUCAACUAUCAAUGGACGAUUCCCCUGACACUGGCUUCCAGCAACCACGCAAUAUUUAAUCAGACGAGCGGUCACCAUGUCUACUGGAUGGACAAGGAGGAACAAACAAAAACGCUCCAUGUGAGCAUCCCAUUACCCGACUAUUCAGAUUCCAAUGGCUGGGUCCUGGUGAAUCUCCACCAGUAUGGCUACUAUCGAGUCAACUACCAAGCCAGUAACUGGCUGGCCCUGAGUCAACAGUUGAAGAGAGACCAUUCAGUGAUUCCUGUAAUUAACAGAGCACAAAUAAUAGAUGAUGUGUGGAGUCUAGCUAA